AUGAUGUUCUUCAUCCUAGUCUUUUAUGCGAUAUUAUCAAUCACCGAAGGCUGUUCCAGUAGAUCUACGCCAAAACCAAGACCCACGGGUCCAACGCCUAGGCCAAAUAUCACAUUCCACACGUACGUAUGCCCUCCGAUGUACGCUUCGUGGUACUGCUUAAAUGGAGCUACUUGUUUCACAGUUAAAAUAGGAGAACAUUUUUUAUAUAAUUGUGAAUGCGCCGAAGGGUUCAUUGGACCUAGGUGCGAAUUCAAAGACUUAGAUAGUUCCUAUCUGUUAUCACGAAAGCAAGUAUUGCUCGAAACGGCGGGUAUAGCUUUUGGUGCAACUUUGGCUGUAUUAUUUGUGGUUGCUGUAUGCGUGUUAUUAUACUAUCGAUAUCAUCGUAAACAAAAACAAAGAUUACUUCUGGACACAAGCUGGGUAGACGGAUAUGUUAGAGAAAGACCAUUUUCAAGACGUUAA